AAAGUUAAACUUAUGUAUGCCUCAAAUGAACUUGAAACAUUGUAGAAAAAGCAGGUGACCCAAUUAAAUACCUUUGUAAUUAAAGAUAAGUGAGAGUGUAGCCAAAGCCACCCUAAAACUAGAUGUAUUUCAAGUAUUUAGUCUGUCGCUUAGCUGAUAAGCUUCACUGUGCUUUCCCAGCAGGUCUUCUGCCCAGUGGGUGGCUAUCGCUAAUCCAAGAAAAGAACAAAGUGCAGAGAAUACCUAUAUAAGGCUUAGCUUUCUUUUAAGAAUUAGUAGACUUGGCUUUCUUGUGGAACAAUCAUGUUGGCCCUUCGCUUGUUUUUAGUUCUCCAGUGCAGCCUGUUGGUGCUGGCAGGUGUUUGCUUAAUUCCACAGCCGGUUAAGAGACAGAGAUCUCUCAGGAAUAUAUUGGAAAAAUCCUGGAUAUUUUCCCCCCGCUUGGAUGGUCGAAUUGUGGGUGGUCAUCGCAUAAAUAUCACCGAUGCACCCCAUCAGGUUUCGCUGCAAACUUCGUCCCACAUUUGUGGUGGUUCAAUAAUUUCGGAGGAGUGGAUUUUAACUGCUGCCCAUUGUACUUAUGGCAAAACCGCGGAUCGCUUGAAAAUCCGCCUGGGAACCAGUGAAUUUGCUCGCAGUGGCCAACUGCUGCGCGUCCAGAAGAUCGUCCAGCACUCCCAGUUCAACUACACCAAUGUGGACUACGAUUUUUCCCUCCUCCAGCUGGCGCAUCCCAUUAAAUUCGACGAGACCAAAAAGGCCAUUAAGCUGCCGGAGCCUCAAAUGAAAUUCAUGGAUGGGGAGACCUGCUUUGUGAGUGGAUGGGGGAAUACCCAGAAUCUGCUGGAAUCCCGGGAGUGGCUGCGCCAGGUGGAGGUGCCCCUGGUCAACCAGGAGCUCUGCAGCGAGAAGUACAAGCAAUAUGGCGGAGUAACUGAGCGCAUGAUCUGUGCGGGAUUCCUCGAGGGCGGAAAGGAUGCCUGCCAAGGCGAUUCCGGAGGUCCCAUGGUCAGCGAAUCGGGCGAACUGGUGGGCGUGGUCAGUUGGGGCUACGGCUGCGCUAAGCCCGACUAUCCGGGUGUCUACUCCAGAGUGAGUUUCGCCCGGGAUUGGAUCAAGGAGCACAGCGGUGUUUAA